AGCCCUAACAUUGCAGCCAGAGGAAGGAGCUGAACUCGGGGAUCAGUCGGGCUGAGCGGCCGCGGUAGCUUCAGGCCUGGGACAUCUUUCUCGAACGCAGACCCGAGAUCAGCCGGAGAAUCUGAGAUAACAAGGUGCGGAGAUGGAUGAACACAUCAGGCCCAGCAGCAAAAAGGUCUAGACCCGGGAUCAGCCGCAGUUUUGAAUUCGCGAUCUCCGUGCGGUUUGUGCCUCACCGGGAUCCGUCAGCAGGUCACCCGGGGCCAGAUCCAUGGAUUUGGAGCAGGAGGCGAAGUUUAAAGCGGCCGCGGUACCGGCCGAGCCGCCUAAGGCCGGAGAAGUGGUGGAGGCUGAGGUUUUACCCCCGGACGGUACGGCUGAGCAGCCGGGGCCCAGUGGUGCAGAGACGGCAGUGGUGGCGGCGGCGGCAGUAGUGAAGGAGAAAGAAGAGGCGACGGCGGCAGGGGAAGCCGCGGGUGGGAGACAGGCCCAAACGGACCAGAAGCCGGCGGCGCCCCGGGAAGGCGGUGCCGAGGAAGAGGAGGACGAUGAGGAUGGAGAUGCUGUCCACCAGGCUAAGAGGCUGCGGGUGGAGCCGGCCAGAGACAAAAAGGACAAGAAGCAGAAGGUGGACGAGGACGAAAUCCAGAAGAUGCAGAUCCUGGUUUCGUCCUUUUCAGAAGAGCAGUUAAACCGCUAUGAGAUGUAUCGUCGCUCUGCCUUUCCCAAAGCUGCCAUUAAAAGGCUAAUCCAGUCAAUCACAGGCUGUUCAGUAUCUCAAAAUGUAGUGAUUGCCAUGUCUGGUAUUUCUAAAGUCUUUGUGGGUGAAGUCAUGGAAGAAGCUCUGGAUGUUUGUGAUAAGUGGGGAGAAACUCCACCUUUGCAGCCAAAGCACAUGCGGGAGGCAGUGAGAAGACUGAAGUUACGUGGACAGAUUCCAAACACGAAGUACAAGAAGGUUUCAUUUCAUUAAGAGGAAUCCAGCACCAAUGAACGUUGCUACUAUAUAUAGAUUUGAAUGUACAUCAAAUAUUUGACUGCAUGUAGGGAAGCUUGUUUUUCUUCUAAAUGGUUCAGCCUGAAGUAUUGUGACUUGAAACAGAUUUUGAAUUAUUAUUUUGAUCAAUAAUUUUUUCAAAUUAAAAAAGGGAACCAGAACACAUUUCUGGGAUAGGCAGUUUUCUACAGUCUGUUAAUGUUGAGCAAGCUGUUGAUGUUAUUAAAUCACAGACAUGCAGCAGACACUUAUUACGAAAUAUUUUAUAUUCAGUGGCCAGUAUACCCCUACACUACAGAUGUGGGGGGGGGGGGGGG